AUGACAGCGGCACCGACAACAAGGCCGCUGCAGCUCGACCAGUGGUCCAACACAAAGGCGCCGCUCUCCUCAUCGCAGCGUGCCUCGGUGAAUCGUCUCGCAGAAUGGCUUCACCGCAGUUCGUCCGACUACAAGCAGUCGCAGUCGCAGUCGCAGCAGCAGCAGCAGCAGCAACAACAAGCAUCUUCGAGCAACGUUGAGACAUCCACUCCAUCGGCAGAUGUGGUCGAUGCGCCGCUGCUUCCCUCGACAGCCUCCGAGCCCAUCGCGCUUCCGGACGCAUCGGCACCGCUCGUAUCCGCACAGAGCUUCCUCGCGUGGUACACGCAGCUGUCGGACUCGGUCAGCUCCUCGACGCACUCGUCGCACAUCCACGCACUCACGCACAUCGCCCACACCACGUCGAUCGCCGACUCGCUCCUCGCCCACCUCGACGCAUGCCAGAUCAACGUCGCCGAGCUGCGUGCGGGGUCGGCGUUUGUGCACGACUCGUCGCGCGGCAUCCGCGAACAGGCGCAGGCGCUGCUCGACUCGCACACGCACCUCGACACGCUCGCCGAAGACAUCGCUUCGCGCCUGAGCUUCUUUACGCUGCUGCCGUAUGCUACCAACAUGCUCAGCUCGCCCGACGCCGGCAUCGUGUACUCGAGCGCGUUCCUCGAGCUCAUGGACCAGCUCGAAAUGGCGCUGCUCUUUCUCAACCAGCAACCGGCGCGGACGUACAGGGAUGCACAGCUCUAUCGCAUGCGCUAUGCACAGUGCGUCACGCGGGCGGCGACGCUCGCAAAGAUGGCGGUCGUGCGCGAUAUCAAGGCGCAUGCAGAGCAUACUGCACAGCGACUCAAGCAGCUCGCAUCGUCGCGCACCCACGCCUCAUCCGACACCGAUGUCAAGGGCAAAGCGCGCGAGAUCACGCAACCGCCCCAGUCGGUGAUCAGCAAGGAAACGUCGCAGAUCCUGUUUGCAGAUGCCGAGCAGAUGGUCACCAAGCUGCGCCCGCUCAUCUUUGAGCUGGCCAAGCGCGCGGCGAGCACCGCCGAUACACCCACCGCCUCGACGGCAGCCGAAUUCGAGUCGCUGCUGCAAGAGUGUCGCGCCGCAUGGUACCACACGCGCCGUCCGCUGCUGGCGCGCCUGCUCGCGCAGCGGAUCGCCGAGGCGGAAGCCAACGCCGCCAGCCAACCGGGCGCGGGCGUUGUGCCGCUCGCACGCACGGCCACGCAGCUGCUCGCCCACAUCGUGCGCGCCGAGCACCGCCUCUACCAGCGCUUCUUUGGCACCGACACCGCCACCAACCAGCCUGCACGCCAUGAUGCGGAGUUGACCGCGUAUCUCGGCGAGCUCACCGAGACGGUGGCGUCGCGUCUGCGGCCGCGACUCGCCAAGGAGCACGAUCUGGUCGUGCUCGCCGAUACAGCAUCGGUCGUCUCGGACGCAAUCCACAACGAGGAGGAUGCGGCAUGGUCGCGCGGCAUGCAAGCCUUGGUAGACGAAGUCCAAUCGCGGCUCUCGGCACGCGCCCACCAGGUGGUCGUUUCGGACAUUGCCCACUUUACGCCCGACGCGGACGAAGGCGAACUCGACUUUCCCGCGCGUAUUCUCGCCUACCGCUCCUCUUCGCGAGUGGGAGGGCGACAUCAGCGCGGAAAGUCUGGCGCAGGGUUGUUGGAUGCAGCGUUGGCGGCAUCGCGCGCAUCGACGUCGAGUGCGGUGCACAAGGUGGCGCUGUUCACCAUGCCGCCUGCACUGGCGAGUACGUACUAUACGCCGGUGCGGACGCUGCUCGAGGUGCUCUUCCACCUCCAAGCACACCUCUCUCCGCGCGCCUUCUGUCGCAUCGCCAGUGCCGGCAUCGACGCAUGUCUGCUGAGCAUCGGCAAAGGUGCAGCAGCGUUGGGCAAGCGAGGGGGGGAGAAGGAGGAUGGGUGGUUGUUCGAGCUGCGCCAGUGCGAGAUCCUGCGCGAAGCGGGGGUGUCGGCCGACCUCGUGCUAAGCCAAAACCCCGCUACCGCCUCAGACAGCGAGGCGACACGAUCCAUGGUGGAUACGUCAUCGCUCGUCACGGCGAUCAACACGCUGUGGACCAACACCACCAGCCUUCUAUACCCGACCAAGGAUUCCAAGGAAGAGGGUACGGAUAUGCAGCGCAGCACAGACGCCGUCUCGACACGAUUGCACGAGCUCAUUUCGCGUACGGCAUCUUUGUGGGCUGGGGCGAUCGUUCUCCCCCUGCGCGUGUACAUCGACCAUCACACAAACACGGCGCAAGAGUCCAAGUACGCCUCGACCAGGGACGCCUUCGACACGUGUAUCGCCAGCAUUCUGCCCGAAAAAGCGGCCAAGGUGCGCACGUGGAUCGAAGACCCCGAGGUGCAGCGUAUGCUCGGUGCGCGGAUUGCCGAGCUCGUUGCGGAGACUUAUGCUAAGUUCACGGAGCUUGGAGACGAGAGUGAGGGUGUGGACGAGGUGAAGCAGAGGGUGGUGGGGGAGUGGAAUGCCGCCCUUGCUUAG